UGCCGAAGUGGGAAUUGCCGAGCCAUCUCCCGUCGCUUUCCCACUGCCUGCGCCCGCUUAUCGUGCACUGGGCAAUCAUAGCCGACGCUGAAACAAAUCAGCCAGGGGCCAUGCUGCCAUUACCGCCACUCUCGCCGGUCGCCAUCACCUCAUUCUCCAUCCAUCUAUCUUCGUCCCCAUUCCAUAUUUUCUGCGACCUGCUGCUGCAUCCUUUCCGAUCCUUCUCUGGUGCAUCCUGCCUAUAGAGUAGUGACCUGAGAUGCUACCGCCAUAGCUAGCUCUGAGGUCUGAGCUACCUCUCAUAGUCCAUCACCGGCUGCAUGCCUUUCCAGUAAAGCAUGAGGGCUCCCAUGGCCGUAAGGCGCGUGACCAUUCUCCUCCUCCUCCUCCACCUCAUGCCCUUCCACGCCGUGGCCGCUGCGGCGGGCGAGCGGCGGGCUGGGACGAUCGCCCGGAAGCAGCAGCGUCGGCGGCAAGUGCUGCUGCAGGAGAAGGCCACGCUCCUAGCGUUGAAACGCUCGCUCACCUUGCUGUCGCCGUCGGCUCUGGCUGACUGGAACGAGUCCAACGGCGAUGUCUGCGGCCUCGCCGGCGUCGCCUGCGACCGGAGGCGGCAGCACGUCAUCGGCCUGUCACUAGGCGGCAUGAACAUCUCUGGCCCGGUGCCGCCGGUCAUCGGUAACCUCACACGCCUCAAGAUCCUUGACAUGUCCAGAAAUUUUCUCACAGGGCAGAUACCCGCCGAGCUCUCCAACCUCCGCAGCAUCCAGGUCCUCGACCUCGGCCACAACCAGCUCAGCGGCGGCAUCCCGCCGUCCCUCUCUCAGCUGGCGAGCAUGUACUACCUCAGGCUCAAGGAUAACCACCUCUCAGGUCCUAUCCCGGCCAUUCUCUUCAAGAACUGUACCAGUCUAGGUCUGGUCGACUUCGGCAACAACGACCUCUCCGGGGAGGUCCCCCACGACGCCUCGGAGAACAUUCAAGUCCUCAACCUCUACUCCAACAGGCUAACCGGAAGACUCCCACGGUGGCUUGCCAACUGCACAUAUCUGUACCUGCUGGAUGUGGAGGACAACUCGCUCGCCGACGAGCUCCCCGCCGACAUCAUAGCGGGCAAGCAGAAUCUCAAGUACCUGCAUUUGUCCAACAACCACCGGUUCUCGAGCCACGACGGCAACACCAACCUGGAGCCCUUCUUCGCCGCAGUAUCAAACUGCUCCCAGAUACUGGAGAUAGAGGCCGGUGCUGUGCGGAUGGGCGGGUGGCUGCCAAGCCGGCUUGGCUCGUUGCUCCCACCAAACAUGUCUCACCUCAACCUGGAGCUCAACGCGAUCAGGGGCCCGAUCCCUGCUGACAUCGGCGAUGUGAUAAACAUCACCCUGAUGAACCUCUCAAGCAACCAGCUGAAUGGGACAGUCCCGGCAUCCAUCUGCGCGUUGCCGAAGCUUGAGCGGCUCUCCCUGUCCAACAACGACCUGACGGGCAUGAUCCCGGCAUGCAUAGGCAACGCAACAAGCCUCGGCGAGCUGGAUCUGUCAGGCAAUGCACUGUCAGGGAGCAUCCCGAGCGGCAUCGGGACCGGGCUUGUCAACCUCUACCUGCAGAACAACCAACUGUCCGGGGAGAUACCGGCAAACCGCCUUGCCGAAUGCAUCCGCUUGCUGCACCUUGACCUCUCAAACAACAGCUUGACUGGAGAGGUACCAGACAUGGUCUCUGGCACCGACAUUAUAUCUCUGAACCUGUCGCACAACCAGAUCAGAGGUGAGUUGCCGCGGGGGCUCAGCGACAUGCAACAGGUGCAAGUGAUUGACCUGUCCUGGAACAACUUCACUGGCACGAUCUCCCCACAGCUCUGGCUCUGCAGCGAGCUGGAGGACCUCGACCUGUCGCACAACUUGCUCACCGGCGUCUUGCCGUCGUCCUUCGACCUCCUCAAGGACCUAAAAAACCUGGACGUCUCCGACAACUCCCUGACCGGAGAGAUCCCUGCAAACCUGACGAAAUGCACCAGCCUGAAGCAUUUCAACCUGUCGUACAACGACUUCGUCGGCCAUGUGCCCACCACCGGCGUCUUUGCAGACUUCACCUUCCUGUCCUACAUUGGCAACCCACGGCUCUGCGGCUCAGUGGUGAGGCGCAACUGCCAAAGGCACCGCCCAUGGUACCAGUCCCGCAAGUAUUUGGUAGUGAUGUGCAUCUGCGCCGCCGUGGUGGCAUUCGUGCUGACAAUCCUCUGCGCGGUCGGUGCCUGGAAGAUCCGGGAUUGGCUAGCUGCAGUGCGGGAGGACAUGUUCAGGGGGCGACGCAGCGGAGGCUCGUCACCGGUGAUGAAGUACAAGUUCCCGCGGAUCACACACCAGGAGCUGGUUGAGGCCACGGAGGAGUUCAGUGCAGACCGGCUUGUCGGAACGGGCAGCUACGGCCGCGUGUACCGUGGCACCCUGCGGGACGGCACCAUGGUUGCCGUGAAGGUGCUGCAGCUCCAGUCAGGGAACUCGACCAAGAGCUUCAGCCGCGAGUGCCAGGUCCUGAAGCGCAUCCGCCACCGGAACCUCAUGCGGAUCAUCACCGCAUGCAGCCUGGCGGACUUCAAGGCGCUGGUCCUACCAUUCAUGGCGAAGGGCAGCCUCGAGCGGUGCCUCUAUGCUGGGCCGCCGGCCGAGCUCAGCCUGGUGCAGCGCGUCAACAUCUGCAGCGACAUUGCCGAGGGGGUUGCCUACCUGCACCACCACUCGCCGGUCAAGGUUAUCCACUGCGACCUCAAGCCAAGCAACGUCCUCAUCAACGACGACAUGACCGCUCUGGUGUCCGACUUCGGCAUCUCCCGGCUGGUCAUGAGCGUUGGCGGGGUUGCCAACACGGCUGAUGUCGGCGCCUCCACCGCCAACAUGCUGUGCGGUUCCAUCGGGUACAUUCCUCCAGAGUAUGGCUACGGCUCGAACCCGACGACGAAGGGCGAUGUGUACAGCUUCGGCGUUCUGAUGAUGGAGAUGGUAACGAGGAAGAAGCCGACCGACGACAUGUUUGAGGGCGGGCUGAGCCUGCACAAGUGGGUGAAGAGCCACUACCAUGGCCGGGCCGACGCGGUGGUCGACCAGGCGCUGGCCAGGAUGGUUAUGGACCAGACGCCCGAGGUGAGGAGGAUGUCGGACGUGGCCAUAGGCGAGCUGCUGGAGCUCGGCAUUCUCUGCACCCAGGAGAGCGCGUCCACGCGCCCGUCUAUGUUGGACGCCGCCGACGAUCUGGACCGGCUCAAGCGGUACCUCGGCGGCGACACGGCCGCUACAUUCGAGUCCUCGUUGGGCUUCUCAUCCACGGUAGUCGAAGAUAUUAAUUGAUGACUAGCUAGCGGUAGCAAAGUAGUGCUAGCAAUUAACAGGGAUACGUUGUGUAUGCGUGGUUAUGAAUUUAUGCGGUUGUGAAGGGAGAAGAUGAUCACAAUGCAUGUAUAUCAUUCUUUCAAAGUGUCUGAUUUGAUGUACUA